GUUGUUCUUUACUUAUUAGAGCGAGAGUAAAGUAGGUCAUAGAGAAUGUAUACUGAACUGCCCAGAGCCGUCCAUAUUCUCCUGACUGUACAUGUGCUUUACUGCCUUCUUCAUGUCCAGUGCCUGUUUUGUGUAUUUCCGCAGAAGCCAGCGCUGUGAGGAGACAGCUGUUUUCUGAGAGGAGGAUCUCGUCAGGCAGCUUCAGGAGAUGGUGAAGGAAGAACAGCCCUCAUCUCUCUCUGUGACGGUCUAAUGGCAGACCAAAGAAUGGACAUCUCCUCCACGAUGAAUGAGUUCUUGUCUCCCAGUUCCACUGAUCUGAUCAGCAGCUCCAUGUCUGCGCCGGGCAUGGACUACACCCGCAAGAGGAAGGGCAGCGUCGCAGACUAUCAAAUUGAUGGAUUUUCUUUUGAAUCUGAGGCUUCAUGGAUGAGAUUCCUCAUCCAAAGCUCACAGCUCACACAGUCCACUGAGAGUGAAUGGGACAGUAUGGACAUAGACACGGACAAACAACUUGGAAGGGCCGAUCAGCAGAUUAAGAAUUCAAGGGAAGCUCACAGUCAGAUUGAGAAGAGACGCAGAGACAAGUUGAAUGGAUUUAUUGAUGAGUUGGCUUCAUUAUUGCCUACCUGCAAUGCCAUGUCACGCAAGCUGGACAAACACACGGUGCUGCGCAUGGCGGUCCAGCACAUGAAAACACUUCGAGGUGCUGCAAACCCUUACACUGAAGCUAACUACAAGCCAGCAUUUUUAUCAGAUGAUGAGCUGAAGCAUUUAAUAUUAAGGGCUGCUGAUGGAUUUCUGUUCGUGGUGGGCUGUGAUCGGGGAAAGAUCCUUUUUGUGUCAGAGUCUGUCUACAAAAUUUUAAAUUACAGUCAGAAUGACCUGAUUGGUCAGAGUUUGUUUGAUUAUUUGCAUCCUAAAGACAUUGCAAAAGUCAAAGAGCAGCUCUCGUCAUCUGACACAGCCCCACGCGAAAGACUCAUCGAUGCUAAAACUGGGCUGCCAGUCAGGACAGACAUCGCCCCUUGUCCCUCCAGACUGUGCUCGGGAGCCCGCCGCUCCUUCUUCUGCAGAAUGAAGUGCAACAGGCCCCUUGUCAAAAUGGAGGACAACGAUUAUUCCUCAACUUGCUCCAAAAAGAAAGCCGAUCGCAAGAGCUUCUGCACCAUCCACAGCACGGGCUAUCUGAAGAGCUGGCCGCCCACAAAGAUGGGCUUGGAUGAAGACAAUGAGCCUGAUAAUGAAGGCUGUAAUCUCAGCUGCUUAGUGGCCAUUGGCCGAUUACAUCCUCAUAUUGUUCCACAACCCAUGAACGGACAAAUCCGGGUGAAGCCCACAGAGUAUGUCUCGCGCCAUGCCAUUGAUGGGAAGUUUGUCUUUGUGGACCAAAGGGCCACAGCCAUUCUUGCUUAUCUACCUCAAGAGCUGCUGGGCACGUCAUUCUAUGAGUAUUUCCAUCAGGAUGACAUCGGACAUCUUGCUGAAUGCCACAGACAAGUGCUGCAGAUGAGAGAGAAGAUCAACACCAACUGUUACAAGUUCAAGAUUAAAGAUGGCUCUGUUAUAACUUUAAGAAGUCGCUGGUUCAGUUUCAUGAACCCUUGGACCAAAGAAGUAGAAUACAUUGUUUCAACUAAUACAGUUGUCUCAGGCAGUUCUCUUGAUGGAGCAGAGCCUGGUUAUCCUCAGCUCACUGCCUCCCCUCAUAGCAUGGACAGUGUCCUUACAGCUGGUGACGGCUCAGGGAAAACUGUCCCUGGAAUCCCUGGAGGCACAAGACCCGGGGCAGGAAAGAUCGGCCGCAUGAUCGCUGAGGAAGUGAUGGAGAUACAAAGGAUGAGAGGCUCAUCUCCCUCUAGUUUUGGCUCAAGUCCCCUCAGCAUCUCCAACAGCACACCCCCUCCUGACACAUCCUCACCGGCGGGCAGGAAGAUUUCAAAUGGUGGAAGUCUAGACAUUCCUUCAGCAGGGAUGGUGUCGGGUCAGGACAGCAUAGGAUAUCCUUACUCUAACAGCUCGAUUUUAAGUGAUCAAUCACACAUCUGCAUUGGUGACAUCAUGGACGAGCCGGGCUCCAGCAGCGAUGAGGCUGCCAUGGCCAUCGUCAUGAGUCUGCUGGAGGCGGACGCAGGUCUGGGAGGUCCCGUGGACUUCAGUGACCUGCCCUGGCCGCUGUGAGGGCCUUGAAGGAAACCUUCACCCAGUCCUAUCAGAGUACAACAUCAGUCCAUCUCACUCCUGUUCAAACCAGCCAUGACCCUGACAGUCAACGCAUGCGGACAUUUUUUUUUAUUAUUAUUUGUUGGUGACGUUACAUUUGUUUUUGACCCGGUGCCUCAGGUAGCUCCACCCACAGCAUAAUCUCAUUGGUCCACAGCCUCAUUCUACAACCGUGUCCAGUUUCAGUUUCAUUGAGGACAAAAGAUUUUAUAGCACCUGGUCGGGACACAAUAUUAGAUCCCUCAACAUUACAACAGUCAUUAUUAGUACUGGUAUGGUGUAUAAGGGCAUUGUUUCAGUUCACGGAAUGUCAACUAAAUACCACAAACCCUGUGGGGCUUAUUUUUAUUUUUAGAUAUAUCCACCUCAGCAUUUCUAAUCUUUAUUGUGUUUCUGCAUGUUUGCUUAAUAAAAAUCAAAUGUGUAUCAUAGAUAUGUGUAUUCUAACAUGUAAAAGUAUUUUAUCUGAAUGAUUGGACUGAACCGAAAAGGAGACAAUAUACUUAAAAAAAAAAAAAAAGUAUAUAUAUAUAUAUAUAUAUACACAUUUCUUUCACUUUACGUUGUUUUUUUCUUCGUACCCAUGAUUCGCGUAGAAAUUGAAGUUUUUUUAGUCUUUCCAACUGAAAAGGUUUGAAGUUGAGGCCCAGCUUAUCAUAUUUUCAUAACUUUAAAAAAAUGCUGAUCUAGCAGUUGAUUAUUAAAUGAACUUCAGUACAGUAUAUAGUAAAUGCUACAUUUAAGGUUUAGCAAGUAUUUUAACUAUAGUGCUCGAUCACUGUUUGUUGUGUACUAAGUGCACCAUGGUGUCAGGUGCUACACUGCACUGGCACAUUACAGUAACUUGGCUCAGCCUAAUUGUCUCGAGUUUUAUGUAACAGGUAUUUUACCAUUUAUUUAUGUUUUUGUGUUUCAAUGACUUUCAGAGAGUUAUAUCUGCACAAUAAUUAAUUCCUUUACCUGUCCAACCAAAACAGAAACACUUUGGGGAUGAUUACUAAGGAUUUUCUCCAACAUAAAACAUUUCACCUUGU